CACGGAGCUUCGCCGCGGUUGCGGCUCCGUAGCUGCCGGCUCCUGUUCCCUGCUGCGCUGCCGUGGCCCUCGCCGUCGCUGCGCGGUGGCGCGCCGACUUCCGCAGCUCGGGUCCUGGCCCCGCGCGCCGUCCACCCCGAGCGCCAUGGCCUCGGCCGGCGGGCCGGAAGCAGCCGGGCCCUGCCCUCGCCUCAGCCUCCUUUUGCUUCUGCUGAUCGCAGGCCCUGCCCUGGGCUGGAGCGACCCUGACAGAAUAUUGUUACGGGAUAUAAAAGCUCUUACCCUCCACUAUGACCGCUAUACCACCUCCCGUAGACUGGAUCCGAUCCCACAGUUGAGAUGUGUUGGAGGCACAGCUGGAUGUGAUUCUUACACCCCAAAAGUCAUACAGUGUCAGAACAAAGGCUGGGAUGGUUAUGAUGUACAGUGGGAAUGUAAGACCGAUUUAGACAUUGCAUACAAAUUUGGAAAAACCGUGGUGAGCUGUGAAGGCUAUGAAUCCUCUGAAGACCAGUAUGUACUGAGAGGUUCCUGUGGCUUGGAGUAUAACUUAGAUUACACGGAACUUGGCCUGAAGAAACUGAGAGAGUCUGGAAAAAACCAUGGCUUUAACUCUUUCUCUAAUUAUUAUAAUAAGCUGUACUCCCCAGAUUCCUCUGGCAUGAGUGGAUUGAUUACCAUCGUGGUGCUCCUUGCUAUUGCCUUUGGAGUUUAUAAGUUGUUCCUUAGUGAUGGUCAAGAUUCUCCUCCACCGUAUUCUGAGUAUCCGCCGUAUUCCCAUCCUUAUCAGAGAUUCACUAGCUCAUCAGGACCCCCUCCCGCGGGCUUUAAGUCUGAGUUCACAGGACCGCAUGGUGCAGCUUCGGGUUUUGGCAGUGCUUUCACGGGACAACAAGGAUAUGCCAAUUCAGGGCCAGGGUUCUGGACUGGCUUGGGAACUGGAGGAAUAUUAGGAUAUUUGUUUGGCAGCAACAGAGCAGCAACCCCCUUUUCAGACUCCUGGUAUCACCCAUCCUGUCCUUCCUCGUCCUCCAGCAUGUGGAACAGCCGGGCUUACUCACCACUUCGCAGAGGCCCAGGUAGUUAUUCAGCAAGUUCAAACUCAGAGACAAGAACCAGGGCAGCAUCAGGAUAUGGUGGUACUAGAAGACGAUAAGAAAGUGAAAAGUUCAAGUCCAACACUGGAUGCAAAAUUUCUGAUUUUUCAUCACUUUCUCUUAAAAAAAAGUGCUACCUACUAACAACUGGGGAAAGGGCAUAUUCAAAAGUCCUGUGGUGUUUUGUCUUGUAUAGCUUUUUGUAUUCUGUUAUUUGAGGCUAGAAUUGGUACAUGAGAAGUAUGUGAGUGUAACAUGCAGAGGUGAAUUACAGUUUUUGGAAGUGAGGAUUCCUGUGGAAUGCUGAAAGUGUAUUGUUUAAUGUCUAAAACCUGUGAUGCUGUAAGAAGCAUUAAGAAUGAAGGCUUUAUACCAAUAGGUUCUCAGUACAAAAAGUUUCAAUCUUAGAUGGUUUUAGUUGGUGAGUCAUUACUUCGUAGAAACAAUAAUAAUCUAUUUGGUCUUUAUUACUUGGUGUUUGCUGUUCUUCAAACAUUUAAACCAAGCUUUAAACUACUGAUUAUACUAAUGUGUGGGUUUUGAUCACUUUAGAGCUCAGGAGCUUUGAGUCCUUCAGUGGGUGGUGGGGUUCUGGUAAGUGAGAAUUACCUUUUUUAGGAAAAGGUAGAAAGUCAGUAUCUGGAAGAUUGUUGGGAAUGAUUUUGUGCUGACAAAAAUGCUUGAAACCUCCCUAUUCAUUUCUUAAGAAAGAGGUGAAGUUCAGAUGCUUUGACAAAGGUCUUUUAAUAGCAAAAGCAUGUACUUCUCUGUGGAAUCUCAAGUAUCGUUGUAGCAAUCUGUUUCAAUCUUACAUUAAAAUGACAGAAAACAUAAAAAAAAAACAAGUGGUUUUAUUCUCAUUCUUUCUAACAGCCUUGACACUAAUUGGUGUUACUUUUUUACCCUUUUUCCCAGUGGAAAAGGGGUUCAUGCAGAAGUUCUGUCUCCCUGAACAAUAAUUUCCCAUGGUAGUUUUGCCUUAACUACCAGUCACUUGGUAAAUAUUUUCAAGAAAGUAAUUUAAAGUGGUGUAGAAGGAAGCCUCUGCUAAAAAAGUUGCUUUAAAAAAAAAAAUAAAUCUCUAGCCCUCAAAGAUUGCACAGUCUGUAUGAGUUAAACUCUGUGACCCGAGAGUCUCAUUUUUACCUUUUGGGAACCAUUUAAAAACAAACAGACCCUUGUUUAGACUUUAAAAUGUGAUUUAGGGAGUAGUUGAAAGGGUAUUGUGAAUAGAACUAUUCUUUCUCCAUCGGUAAAACUUGGUAGAAGUUUUAAUUUAUGUUACGGAGGAGACACCAUUUUCUUCAGGAAUGUUGCAGUAGAUCCUUACCCAUUUUCCUGAGUAGAAGGAGAUGGAAUAAGAGAGAAUCCAGUUUAUUGCCUUUUUCCCCAUUUGCUUAUUGUUUAGGGUUUUGAUUUGUUUAUUUUUGCUACAAGAGUUGAUAAUCUUGUAUUGAGUAUGUUUUACUUGGAGAGCAAAGUAAAAAAAUUUGUUAAUUAAAAACUGCCAUAGAUUGGGCCAGUGAUAGUGAUCUGCAUAUUUAAUUUGCUGUUCUAAAACACUGUGUUCAGAUUUCUACUUGAACACGUUAUUGCAGGUCACUGGGAUUAUAAGAUAAUGAGUGAACCUAGUGUUGGUGGCUCUCAGAUUACUAAUCCCAGGAGCCCGAGGGCUGUUGUUGGAUGCCUCUCAGAGGCUACCUGGAGGGAAGGAAGCUGAGCGUGUGGAGCUCAAGGUCCUCCCCCCACCCCCACUGGACUGUUCCUCUUUUAUCUGUUGUAUGUUUAUACUUCCUUGUUAUUUAUGGGAAAGAUUAUGGGCUGUCACUUCCAAAAUCUAAGACUCAGAGAAUGAAAGACAGUACAACUGGGUCCCAUUAGGCAGUUGAUGGCCCGUGAUAGGAAUUGCUGCCCAGGGAAGGUGGGGUACUUCAGCUGGGAGCUUGGUGUGCCUGGUUGAGAAGGCUUAAAAAGGAGAAAGAAGAGAGAUGAAAGGGAGCUGAAGACAAGCUCUUCAGUUUUACUCACAUGAGCGUUCAGCAGAACUUUUUGGAUCUUAGGAUGGGAUUGCUGGUAUUUUAACCAGUUAGGCAUGUUUCUGUAAUUUCAUGGAUGCUUCUCUCCAAAGCUCCUUGAUCUCUUCCAUUCUGACCCCUGUUCUCCCAGAAUGACUUAAGUUUAUCUAUUGUUCUUCCCUAACGCAUUGUACACACUUUUACUGUUGUACACGGUACAUUGCAUUGUAAUUAUCUUUCAAACGUAGGUAUUUCUUUCUACUCUGAGCUCCUUAAGGAAAACAGUCAAAUAUUACUUCUUCCUGCCCUUUGCAGCUAGGGCAUGGUCACGUGUCUAAAUUCUGUCAAUCAAAUGCUUCCUCCAGGUCUUCGGAGAGAGUGGCACAGUUAAGAGGUUAUUCCCAGCAGUGACAGAGUAGGGAAAGAUUUAGCAGAGGUAUUGGCCAGGGUCUGGUGGUAGUUUCUAGGGCAACAUUUCAGUUGUACAGUUGCUGUGACAUGUCUUGGCUAGGGUGUGUGCUGCCUGGAUGCCAAUGGCUGAAAACCUGCCUCUUUCUAAGCCUGGUUUUCCACACUUCCCAUCAAUUCUGUGAGCUGUUUGAUACAUAAGUUAAUAAAUUCCUUUUCUGCCCAAUUUGGUAGAGUCAUUUUCUGUUGUUUGCUACUAAGAACCUCAUAUGUGUGAUGAAACUCCUAAGAUUCUUUAAUUGUAAACAACAGAUACUGGCUAAUUGUAAUAAAACAUUGUGGUUGACUCCUGA